UGCUGCGCAAAGACACCAUGGAAAAAGCAGUAGCAGUACAAGUGGAAGUAAAAGCAAGAACUCAAAAAGUGGUUCUGACAGUAGGGAAGGUGAUAAGCUGGCGUUACAUAAAGAAACUACAUGAAUUACAAAAUGAAGAAUUCCUAAAUGUUGCAAACAAGUUGAAAAAGGCACAUUUCGAGUGGCAGCAACAUAAAAUGAAAGUGAGUUUAGCAGCACAAACUCUUAGCAAGACUGUUGCGGAUGCACUUGAAUUUUUAAAAGAUCUUGGUAUUGGUGACUUUCAAGGUUGUGAAGCAGCAAUAGAAUUCAUCAGAAGGAUAGAUUCUUUAUUUGAUAUUCUCAAUUCCCGAAGUGUAUGUGCUAAGAAUUUUAAGGCACCUUUGAGAGAAAACAAUGAAGAAAUGUGGCGUCCAUUUCUCACCGACACCAAUGAGUAUCUUCUGAAUUUGAAGGAUGUCAUUGGCAGGCCUUUGUGGUGCACAACCCGAAAAACGUCAAUUCUGGGCUUUGUUAUUUCUGCUACGUCGUUCAUGGGAAUUUUUGAUGAAUUUGUUAGUAGUAAGAGGUUGAGUUACUUGCUAACAUAUAAAUGUAGUAAAAGAUCAUCUGGAAAUUUUCUUCUGCUCAGUGCGAUCGAGAAAUGGGUGAAACAAUAACCCUACUCCUCUACAAUUUUGUAAAACUUUUAGAAGAUUGCUUCUAUUUACAAAUAUAACGAGGG